AUGCAGUGUAAUUACAAUCGGCGGCAAAAGAAAGACGACCAAACAUUGCCAAAUAUGCAGCAAGUGUAUACCGAGCAAUUAAUUGCAGAUGAUAGCAUCGUUUUCAAAGGUCACAACCAUCCCAAUGAUUUAAAUAAGUUGCAGGGUGCACAUCAAGAAGAAUAUGAACUAUCAUUUGGACAUAUCGACGCCGUGCAGUGUAGUUGCAAUGGCAGUAAGAUGUAUGAUCAAAGGUUGCCAAAUAUCGGUCAAGAAGAAGCACAUUCGGAGCUAUUUCGUGAUGUUUAUAACACUGGCGGUAGACUCCGAAAGUCUUUGACCCUUUCACUUCACGAACUUGAACCUUUAUCAACACAGUCUAAAAAUAAUGGUACAAUUACAACGUCUUUACCCAUGAAUACACCAUCAACUGAAGAAACAAUACCUUUACCACAUUUACAUAAACAGAAGACAAUAUUAUCAACAGACUGGCAGACGUGUGAACUUAUCGACAACCAAGGAUGCAUUUUACAACUUCGAAAUUCUGAUGUUAUCACAACGUUCCCUCCUGGGGUUCUUUCUGGUGUGAGCUCCGAUUAUUGUUACAAAACUGUCCAUAACAACAUUGAACGAUUGGCUGCUGUUUUGGGUUUACCUGUUGACACUAUCAUUACAAGCCCUGCUCCAGAAUAUCAUAUGCAGACAAGUUUUGCCGACUUUGUUGAAGUAAAGGUUCCUCAUCGAAUGCCCAAAAACUUUAAAGAAAUAAAAGUACAUAGUUUUUCAAAACACUGCAAUGGUGACAAAGUGGAUUUGGUUGAGGUACCACGGUAUGAAACCAAACAAGAAGCUGGUGACAAAAUGGAUAUGUUUUUUGUAAUUAAUUCCUCAUCUGUUCUGAUCUAUACAAAGCAUUUUUCAGGAUUCGUCUGCACAACGUGUCAGGGUUUUAUUGAAUACAAUUUGAGUGCAAGUAUUUACGGGCGGAAGGGAGUGAUUGACAACUGUACCGACACACUGGAUGUAAUGCUGUAUCUGAAGGGUGCAAAGUCGACUAUUACUGAUUUCGAGGUUACCAUGGAAGAUAAAAUUGACAAGAGAUUCCAUCACCUAGAAACGGAAAGGGUGAAACUACUAGAGCGACACCAACAAAGAAAGGGUGGGCAACUACAGUUCCGAUUCGGUUUGCUUAGCAAUUCUGUACAUAAUUGGAUACACAGAAAGUAUAACAAUAACGACCAAUUUCAACACAGCUUGUUGCUGGUUGACCCGGAGACACUCAUGCGUGAUUGUGAAAAACACAUCAUUCAUAGCCCUAACACAAAAUGGUAUCUUCAGCGAAAUGGCGAAACCAAUGAGAACUGCGAUUUUUACAUCGAAGUUGUUCAUAAAGAGAAACAACCAUCAGCACUAGAUGAAAUGUCUUUUGUGAAGACAAGUAUACCUGCCAGUGAAAAUUUCGCGGUUGCCUCAGGAUUACCCCAAAGAGAGAAUACAGCGACGAUUCCCGGAGCAAUAACAGACAUAGCGUUGACACUGAAAGAAAACCUUAACCAGGAAGAAUGUCUGAAACUCAUCAAACAUUUGGGGUGUCUACAAUAUAUACCCCCUGCAUCAGACAGUAGACAGAGAAACGAUUUUCGUUACGACUACUGGUACUCUGCAUUCAUACAAUGCUAUAACCGUCUUCAAGACAAUUUCAUCACACGAGUCUUGGAUGGUUUAACGAAGAUGGAUAAAACUCGUUUAGUAACGCUUGUGCGUGUUCAUAGCCCAUCGAACAACAUAAGAGUAGCGUCUGUGUCACCCAUUCAUCGACCUCCUGCUGUACAGGAUGAUGACAGACAUUUGAUUGCACAACCUUCCUCAGCAGAGGGUGAUAAAAGUGAUUAA